AAAUUCUUGCAUUUUGAGAAUGUAAAGAAGUUGAGAGGAAGCACAAAGUCCGACCUAGCUAAUUCACUCCUAUGGACGCUGGACCUUCCAACAGAUUGGACAAAAGCACAUAUGCCAGAUGUCAGAGCUAUGAAAGUUUGCGUACCAAAUCAUUCCAGGGAGUUCUCAAACAUUGCCGCAAUGUUCAUGAAGACGAUGCCCAAGUAUACGGUGAAGAAAUUGUGGCGUGUUCAGAACCUCGCCCUUUGGCAGUCUUAUCAGUUGCAGAAGAAUCAGAUGAGGAGGAAGAACAUGGAUACUGAAGUGGAUGAGCGCCAGCUGUUUCAUGGCACAAAUCAUGUUAACAUUAAUGCCAUCUGCAAUGAGGGCUUCGACUGGCGCCUCCAUAGCACCAAUAAUAAAUAUGGAAAAGGAUCUUACUUUGCCAGAGAUGCA